AAGACCAGCUAGCAGCAGCAAGCAGCUUGCAGGUUGCAGCAGUGUGUCCUUUUGCCUGUUGCUCCCUCGAAUUUUGGACUUGCUGCGCUCGGGUCCUCGUUCUUGCAGGCAGAGGCGUCUCGGCUCUCGAUCGAUCCCCUUCUGACGAAACCGCGGCGGAUUGGCAUGAGCUAGGCGGCGUCGGCCAUGGAGGAGGUCGGCAAGGAGCGCAAGCGCCUACGCGGCGCGCUCGUCGCCGUUGGCGGCGGCGGCGGCGGUUCGGGGGCGGCCACCGCGGCGGCGUGGCGGACGAGCCGGGUGGCGCGCGCGGCGGCGGGCGGGAAGGACCGGCACAGCAAGGUGGUGACGUCGCGGGGCCUCCGCGACCGCCGCGUCCGGCUGUCGGUACCGACGGCCAUCGCGUUCUACGACAUCCAGGACCGCCUCGGCGUCGACCAGCCCAGCAAGGCCAUCGAGUGGCUCAUCGGCGCCGCCGCCUCCGCCAUCGACGCGCUCCCAUCGCUCGACUGCUCCUUCGCCCUCCCAACAACCGCCUCCUCCCCGGCGCCAGCCUCCUCGCCGCCCGACGACGCCGAGGUCAGCACCUCCGAGACCAGCAAGAGCUCCGUGCUGUCCCUCGCCAACGCCCCCGGCGACCACGGCAACGGCACCGCCUACAACGGCGGCGGCGCCAAUGGCGGCGCGUUCGCCGAGCUCCUGCACUGCUCGGCCAACGGCAACAAGCCAUUGCAGCACCAGCACCAGCACCAGCAGCAGCAGGCGACGCUUGCGUACUACGCCGCCCAGAGCGCGCACAUGGCGCCCAUGCCGUUCGAGAUGACGAUGCCGCAGCUCGCGUUCACGCAGGAGCAGCAGCAGCACGCCACGGUGGCCUUCGAGCGGGGCACACUUCAGUCCAAUGCCGUCGCCGCGUCGCUGUGGCCGCCGUCGACGGCGCAGCACCCCUACCUGCUGCAGAGGUUCGCUGCCGCUCCGCCUGAGGUCGCCGGCCUGCCGUUCUUUCUUGCAGGUGGCGGCGGCGGCGGUGCUACUGCUCCGGCGACAACCAACGCAGGGGAGCGAAGGCUGCAGCUCUGGGACUUCAAGGAGGAGAGAAAGACAUGACUAAUUCAUGGAGAAUUGCCUGGUAUCAUGCUGGUGUUUCCCAUAAGUCAUAGCUUAUCAGCAUGAAGAACACAAGAACUGAAGAUAUCAGCAUCAGAAAACUGAAUGUAAUAUCAGAUCUUUCAUUCUUCCUGAUCAUGAUUCCCACUUCUCUAUUAUCUAACGGUGUAUGAUUUGUCUGUAACCUCGACAAUUAUGAUCAGAGACCAUAUAAUUUGUUGUUGUAAUCUGACAAUUUGUCACAAGCUGCUUAGAUGCAUGCCAUUUCCUAGAGAUCUUGCACCUCACUCACAUUCAGCACUGAACUUUGUGCUUGCAUGGAAAACAAGCUGUAAUACCAGCAGAUGAGAAUUAUUUAGCUAAUUUGGCGUAUUGUCUUAGUGACCAAAACUGGAAUUAGAUGUGUUUCUCACACGAACUGCCUUGUUUAUUAAUACGAUUGUAGCAUCUAUAUGAAUACAUUUCUGAACCUUUUUG